CGAGUUGUUUGCAAGCCUAUACGUCUUGGCCUGGCCUGGCCCAGCUCAGCUCAAGGUCAAAGCCUAAAAACAAUCGGAUCGGUUAACGGUUCGGAAAAGUUACUAUUACACACUGAAGAUUAUGAAACUGAAAUGUGGGAGCAACAUCUUUAAUGGCGUCCAAGCUCGCAUCUUCAUCCAUGGUUUCCGGCGCCUUUUACUCUAUUCGACAUCAUCUUCUUCCAAAGCUGAAGCUAAUCCAUCUUCUUCUUUGACGAAUUACUUGGUUGAAGUUCUAGGGUUUUCCUCCCAACAAUCUCUCUUCAUUUCUACCAGGCUUGCUGCAAAGAAUGUAAGUACUGAUUGGUGUAAUUGGGCUAGUAAUGCUUAUUUAGUCUCUAAUUUCUUCAAACAAAAUGGUUUCGAUGAAUCCCAGAUUAGAAAGAUCAUCUUUGUUCAACCUCGAAUUUUAUUGUCUAAUGUUGAUAAAACCCUAAAACCCAAAUUUGAGCUUCUUCAGGGAAUUGGACUUUCUGUGUCUGUUUUAUCUAAGACUAUAUCCAUAAGUCCUAAAUUGUUAGGUUUGCGCUUGAAUCCUGUAAUCCAAACUUUGAGGCAAGUUUUGGGCGGUGAUGAGAAUGUGUGUAAGGCUCUUAGCUCGUCGAAUGAUUACUGUCACCGAGGAAGCUUGUGGAGUUAUCAUAAGAAAUUGAUUCCAAACGUUGAAUUGUUGAAAAGAUAUGGCAUUUCAGAUAAUAUAAUCAGGAAGCAUGUUAUGCAGGAACCUGAAUUCUUUUUUACUAGUCCUCUAUUGUUUAUGAAUUAUUUGAUUAGGGCUGAACAGAGAUUGGGGAUUUCUCGGUACUCAACCAUGUUCUUGUAUGCGGUCCGAAUCCUAAGGCACCAUAGUGAGAAGAGUAUUGAGUCUAAAUUUCAAGUUUAUAAGAGCUUUGGAUGGACACAAUCUGAUUUCUUGGAGCUAAUAAGGAGAAUUCCUAGUUGCCUAGGACAUUCUGAAGCAAUGACUAAGAAGAAAUUGGGUUUUUUCAUGUGUGAGCUGGGUUACCAGCCUGCUUACCUGAUGUCAAGCAGUCCUGUCAUGACUUGUAGUUUGGAGAAGAGAGUAAAGCCGAGACAUCAAGUCUUGCUGGUUUUGAAGGAGAAAGGUUUGAUUGAGAAGAAUAUUACUCUUUGUACUGCUGUGAAGUUCAAUGAGUCUCAGUUUGUGAAUAAGUUUGUACUACCAUAUGUGGAGGUUCAUGGAAUUUAUGCAAAUCAUGUUGGUGUUAAUGCAAAGCUGCUUACUCAAGGAAGAGUAAAUUCCCAUAUCAAAAUAUGAACCAGGGUUCCGAUGCUAGUGGGUGAUGAUGGGUAAGUGCACAAUGCUUUUGUUGCCAGUCAGCUAGUUGAAUUCAUAUUGUCACAAAUUACCAUAACCGUUUCCCUUAGCUUGAAGUAGAUUUAUUUUUACUGUAAAUCUUUAAAGGUUUGUUGCUAGCAGAUUUAUCAUGAGGCAUCAGUUACCUACAUUGUUAACUUUAAACGAACUGAAAUGCAUGCUACUUUACUAAGACGAAUUCACAAAACAAUCCUCCAUUUAGAGGUUUUUGUUUAUAGGGUCAAUAGGGAGGGUUGUUUUUGUUCUCUGCAGUUCUUUAUGCUCAUAUAUGUACAAUGGAAUAAUUUCUUUGCUUGUAAGUGAGUUUCUCCUUAAAGCUCAUGAUACAUCUCUUUUUAUA